UCGGUAAGAAGUAAUUCAAACGUGUAUCGGGUAAUUUUAUGAGGGGCAUGGGUGUCUGUGUUAUGAAGUGUAACAAUCAAAUUUUGUUUCUGUGUUUAAGCUAUUAGGCAAUGCGGCUUGCAAUCGUUUUCUCGUGGUUAUGCCAGAGCUAUUUUCGACUUACGUUCUUGCGCAAUAUUCGACCUUUUUGGUGCAAUCCCUUCGCCUUUUUUUUGUUGGCGCCUGUCUAUCUCUCGGUUUGUUUGCCUCGUUUAUGUUUUCGUUAUCUUCAGGUUUCUUUUUGUUAACGCCUUUGCAGCCUUUAGCGCCACCGCCUUUAAAAUUGUUGAUUUAAUUUUACAUAUCAACACCUCAAAUUGGAAUACACGCUUAGAUAUUCAUUAAUAACUGUUAACCCCACUUUUGUCCCAUAUGGUAUAAUAUAUGGUUGGUUUUCUAUCAGCUUUCUAUCGUAUAUUUUAUAUAAAUCUUUAUAUAUAGAUAGGUAAUAAUAUAAUUACUAAGUAGAUAUCAAAAGUAAAUCUGCGUAUCGUAAAUAAAUUGAGCCCCCAUAAGGAGUACGUGGCUUUAGCUGUACGCGACUUUGUCUCUAGCUUCUCACGGGAUUCUAGUGUAUUCUACGCUGAUUAUAUUAUAAUGCAAAGUGAUCAUUUUGUGGGGAUUUCCCUGGUGUAUGCUUUGGGAUCUCUCUCACUUUUUUUAUCUCGUGAUUCUGAUGUCAACUCCUCCGCGUAUGUUAAAGUGACGUGUCUAGUUUCUGUAUUUUGCCUUUUCAUUUUAGUUUCUUUAACUUACUUUGGGCAGGUUUUUUCUUGCCCGGUCCACUCUUUUCUAUCCGAGAGAUUUUUCCAAGAAGAAAGCAGUUUUAAUUCUUUGUUGUGAACGUUUUGCUUAAACGAGAGAACAUGAAUUUCUAUAUACGAUCGUGAAACGUUCGCGUCGCUUUCAUAAUUUUAUGGUUGUUGCCGAGGCAGGUAGUUCGAAAGCUAGACCGUGUGAAGCUUAUUAUUAUACGAAAAUAUAUGGGUAUUGAUAUAGACGUGUUUACAUUUUCGUCAAAAAAUAUGAUCGAUCAAAGAGCUCAGUUUUAUCGCAAUAGAUGGUUCGCGAACCAAGUAAACGAUCAACUCAAUUCCAUGAAUGCGACAAGCAAUCUCAAUGGGGUGGAUUCACCCCUGGCCUUCGAGGCCACGCAGCCGAUGAGGCCUUUUGCGGACUUUGGACAUUCUUCAACAAACCGCCUUCUUAGUGAUAGCCGUUCCAACAGUACCGACACCUCCUUUGAUCCGACCCCUGACGGACCUGAAAUGGAAAACGGUAAAGAUAACUGUCUAUCACCAGAAAUGGCCUCACCUUGUUCCUUUGCCGAAUAUGAGGCUGAUAAUUACUACCCUAGCAUUGGAACGCCCAAUAGUUUUGUUGGAAAAAUGCCUGGAAGUCCUGACAUGUUUUCUGAUUUUGAACAACAACGUGAGAGACUAUUAAGCACAAGCAGUUCUGCUUUUACUUAUUCUCCUUACACUCCACAAGAGGAAGAUCCAAUUCCUCUUGGUCAGUCUUGUAGUAGUCCUCCUGCUUUAAAUAGGCAGACAUCUCUUGCAAUGGUGGAAGAAGUUCUUGGAACCACAAAUAAUAUCUCCACACAGCCCAUGAACUUGUUCCCAGAAGAAGAUUAUGUCAAACCCCUCGAAGAAGAUUCUUGUCUUCCUCCAUAUCCAUCUCCCAGUUUCACAGCUCAUUUCAAUUCCAACAACAGUGAUGCUGAAGUUUUAACAGCUUCUCAAGGAGAAGAAUUCUACCAUAUAUUUUGUGGCGAAGUUGGUCCCAUUCUUGUUCAGUGUGAAGGAUCACCAGCUACAGAAUCAAAUCAAUCCAAUAACAACAAUUGCAACAAUGGAGAUUCACAGAAUGUUCAGUCUCCUGUUACUCAAGAAGUCAUCACCACUUCCGAAACACCCACACAGGCACUUUUGCAGCCACCUGUUUGGUCAAUGUCAAGGCAGCCGAGCAACUUCAGUGAUCUCAUCACAGAUUCUAUGCCAUCAAACAGUCUGGAUGCUUCUGAAAUGUUGCAAGAUUGCCUGAAUGCCCUCCCGAAACCUGAUGCCCAAACAUUUCAAACUCUGAACAUUGAAGUUUUAGCUGUUGAAGCUCCCCUGUCUGAACCAGCUGUGAACGUACCAAGUAUUGAUGAACAACUUAGGACAUCCCCGAAGUCAUGCACAUCUCCACUUUGUGUGAAAGAAAACUCAAGUCCAAACACUUCCAAAAAUCUCAACGAAUGUGAUCCUCUUGCUGCCAGAAGGGAGAGAAAUAAUGAAGCCUGUAGGCAGUCACGAAAACGACGCAAAAGCAAAAAGGUUGAGAUGGAGCAUGAGGUAAACCGAUUCACAGAAGAGAAUGCCAGCCUUCGAGUGACGAUUGAAGAGCUGGAAGUGGAGUGCAAAAGAAUGAAGCAGUCCAUAUUGACAGUCAUGACCCAAAAUAACUCUCGAUAACUGAAAACCUAUUUGCAGAAUCUUUUCACAACGGCUGUGGAAGAGGUUGCAAGGUUUUGUAAAGAAUCAUAAACGGGCUUUAUUCACAAGAGGAAUAGCAAGAGAUCAUGAUAUCAAUCAAUACUAUGAUCUUGCCAAUCUGUUAGUUACCAUAAUGUAUAAUGUGUGAGAUUGAAGGAGUUUUGAGAUGGGUGAAGUUUUGAGCUUGUUUUCAUAGUUAUGAUAUUUUCAUGACGACAUGAAUUAUGUAAUGACAUAAUGUUGUAGCUUUUAUUCAAGUUUUGGACAUGUGAAGCCAGAGAAUGUCCAAUGCAUUGACAUUUACUAUUGGAGGUGAUCUUCAUAACGCCUUCUUCGGAAAUUUAGAAUUAUUUCGGUCAUUAUUUAGUAACAUAUUGUAGAAAUUUGUUUUCUGACUUUGAUAUUUAUUUGCCAACUUGGAUUUCCGGUUCCAGUUAUUUAUAUUGUUCCAUUUGACUCUCAUUUCCCUAUUGCCCUAUCACACCACCAAGUUUCAUUACUGAAUCUUUCCUUUUACUUUUUUUUCUUUUUCACAUAGUUGUAUAUAUCGUAGCAUUGCAAUGUCAGAAAAUUCCCCCAAAAAAAAAAAAAAAAGUUUAAAUUAACAAAAAAAUUUAACUUUUAAUGAUUUUUGCUCUUGUGUAUUCAAUCUGUACAUGAUAAUGCUAUGAUAUCCUUUCUGGGUCACUCGGAACAAUGUUAAUU